AUGGACAUGAGCGGGGAUACGUAUCACUAUCAGCCGGCCGGGAUGGAGGACGACGGUGUCGGCCGUGCCGAGCAGGUCCCGACGGCCGCGCCGGCGCUGAGCGCCAAGAAGCUGUGGCGCAUGGUGCGCGCCGUGCACCUCGUGCUCGUCAGGGGCCUCGGCAAGCACCAACCCAAGCUCGCGGCGCUCGGCGUGAACCUGCACCACAUGCUGUCGUCGUCCAAGCGCCAUCACAACCACCUGCCGUCGGCGCGGGACCAGGACCCGGCGUUCACGACGUACCUGUCGGCGGCGCUCUCCUGCCGGUCCAUGGACCCGGGCGCCGCGGUGCACCCGUACCCGCGCGGCCGCGGCGUGCACAGUGGCAGGGGCGGCGCGUCCUCGCUCUCGUCGACGCUCUCGUGCCGGUCCAUGGACCCCGGGGCCGCCGUGUACCAGCAGUACCAGUACCGGCCCCGCGAGGUUGAGUUCAGCUGCAGCAGCCCGCCGCUGCACAGGCGCCGCCGCCGCGCGCACCGGCACCGGGUCCAGAGCCUGCUCCCGCAGCAGCAGCACGGCGACCUUCCGGAGUACACCUCGGCUCCUGCCGUGAAGACGCUGUUCGAGCUGAUGGACGACGUGGAGGAGGGGGAGGAGGGCAACGUGGAUGGCGCGACAGUGCCUUGGGCUGCCGGGCGCGGCCCGGCGCCGCGGCAGGUGCGGAUCACGGACUCGCCGUUCGCGGCGAGGGCGGAGGACGACGAGGAAGGGCGCAAGGGCGUGGUCGACCGGCGCGCCGACGAGUUCAUCGUGUGGUUCCACGACCAGCUGCGCAUGCAGCAGCAGCAGCAGCAGCAGCGCCCCGCCGCCAGGGAUCGCUCCACGCACCGCGUUAGAUAG